AAGAGAACCCUCCUCGUUUGGAAGGAACGCAGAGCUCUCUCUCCUUUCUUUUCGGCCGAACAAUGGCGCCUCCAGAGAAUUCAAAGACAAAGACGGCGCUGUCGCUGUCGAGUCCGGAGAAGAGUGCGCCCUUCUCGCGGCAGAGUUCCAGCGAAUCGACGCGCCCUGUGCCGCAGAUCCAAGCCUCGCAGGUGUCCGGACUCACCGGGCUGCAAUCCUCGGAAGGAUGGCCCAUGGACAUCGUCACGCAGUUUCUGGCCACCUGCAUGGUACUGAAUCGGAGCUGGGCCGAAAAGGAUUUGCUUCUGUUCGGCGUCUAUCACCUGUUGGAAUUGAUGUCCUUCUUCAGUGUGACGUAUUUGGCUCAAUGGACAUCACACUGGUGUCUUGUUUUUAUUCUUAUGGCCAUGUAUGCUUUGGCUGCUCAUCGAGCUCGCGACUGGAGAGUGCCUUUCAGAAGGCCAAUUUACAUGUUCUUACCAGAGCAGCAUUCGUGCUUUGGGCUUUGUCAUAGCCAACGAUCAGCUUCAAUCUACCAAUGGAUCUCAGCCAGCUUGCGGAUGGGCUCGCUGGCGGUGUGGGUCCUGAUGGUGCCGAACUUCCAUGACGAGCCGAUGUGUGCAUCACCGCUCAUUCCAUUUGAGGACGAUGCAUGCGGAGAGAUGCCGUCUUGGCUUCGGCCAGGUUGUGGGACCUUCUUCUCUCCUUCGAAGUGGCAGAAGUGUAUGUCCGUCUCAUGGGCGUAUGGCUACUGCAACUUGCUGGCGGCACAAUGUCGAAACCAGGCCUUGGGUUCUGUGAACCUCUUGAUCAGCAUUUUCUUCAGCAGCAGCUUGAGUCUCAUCUCCUUUCUGUCUCCCUGCCUGUGGCUGGGCGGCGCCUUGUAUUUCCACCAUACUGGGACUCAGAUCUUCAACAUCCCCAAGGCCUUGGAACUCGAGACCUCCAUCCGCGAGGAGGAGAUCCUGCUGGCUGCAGGGGACCCAAAGGCGGAGCAGCUGGGCCCUUGGAUGAUCCGUGCCUGGCCAUCCCGCUGCGGAGCUUUGGGAAGGUCGGUCUAUGUCUGAAAUGUCCAGUCCACUGGUGCCUUAUGGAAUUUUCUGGAUCCUGGGGGGAUCGACUGGUUUCGGUGCUUGGAAAGCAUGGAAUUGGGCCAAGUUGGUGAUUACCAAUGCCUUCAGAAGGGGUGUGACAGGAGUGUUCUCACCAUGAACUGCUGCAAGGGCACACUGCCCGAUGCCAAGUGAUUCAAAGAAUGAACGGGUUUGGGUCGAAUCACAGGCGGAUUAUUUUUCAACCUGUACACUGCUCACCGUGCUCAGAUGCUAGACACUAAUGCAUCCAGAUGAUUUGGACCCGGCAGUUGUUGAUGUUUCCGAUCUUGGCUAUCUGCUAUCUACGCCAGGUGACUUUUGCCGAUCCUGCCACUAUAUGCUAAAGUGAUCUAAAAUGCACAUCCUGAAAAUAACCAAGUGUAAGUCUAUCUAUCAAUCUAUAAUAUAUAUAUAUAAUAUA